UCUUCAGAUCAUCAUGCCUGAACCAGCUAAAUCCGCACCGAAGAAAGGAUCCAAGAAGGCCGUCACAAAGACCGCCGGUAAGGGAGGAAAGAAGCGCAGGAAGUCCAGGAAGGAGAGUUACGCUAUCUACGUGUAUAAAGUCCUGAAACAGGUUCAUCCUGACACCGGGAUCUCUUCCAAGGCGAUGGGAAUCAUGAACUCUUUCGUCAACGACAUCUUCGAGCGCAUCGGCGGUGAAGCGUCUCGUCUCGCUCACUACAACAAGCGCUCCACCAUCACAUCGAGAGAGAUCCAGACCGCCGUGCGUCUGCUGCUGCCCGGUGAACUGGCCAAACACGCCGUGUCUGAGGGCACAAAGGCCGUCACCAAAUACACCAGCUCCAAGUAAAAUAACGUCCUGUUUCUCAACCAACCCAAAGGCUCUUUUAAGAGCCACACAUGUUCUCGUUUAAAGAGUUUCUUGUUUCUGUGCAGAUUAGGAAGAGGCUAUAAACCAAGUUUGUUUUCAGCCGGAUAUGAUUAAUCCGAUGAACUGUCACAAUAAAAGUGUGCUUUAGAUUUACACCAACUCGUGGUGAAAAAUAUAUAUGUAUUGAUUGCAACUGUAAGUGUACUUCCAAGAAAAAAAUUCCACUUGCAGGCGCCAAUAGACCACUUGUAGUAACUCUGUAAACCAAUGCUCAAAGUGGUUCAAAACACACAAUUUGUUUAUAUUUCAAUGUAAGAAAUAACCACACAAACCAAAAUGUACAUG